CCACUGAAUUCAUGUUCGGUUUAACUGCAAAGGGUAGAAUAUGUCGAGAAAAGCAAGCGUACGUCUUCUGUGUGCGUUGCUGUCUCAGUAAAACGUGUCGUGCAUACAUAGGUUUUAUCCUUCAUUUUUGUUUAUUUUUUUUUUAAAAUUAGAAAACACAGAUAAUGAAUAAUAUAAAAGACGGUUGGUUCACAGAAACAUGCACGCUCUGGCCUGGGCAGGCUUUAAGCCUUCAAGUUGAAGAGAUUUUAUAUCAGCAGAAAUCAAAAUUCCAGGAUGUCAUGGUUUUUAAAAGUAAAACCUAUGGCAAUGUGCUGGUAUUGGAUGGUGUGAUCCAAUGUACUGAACGAGACGAGUUUUCAUACCAGGAAAUGAUCGCUAAUCUACCUCUCUGCAGCCACCCAAACCCCAAAAAGGUUCUGAUUAUUGGUGGGGGCGAUGGUGGAGUGCUAAGAGAAGUCGUGAAGCACCCCUUAGUAGAGUCUGUGGUUCAGUGUGAAAUUGACGAGGAUGUUAUUAAUGUGUCUAAGAAGUACCUUCCUGGCAUGGCAAAGGGCUUCUUCAGCCCCAAACUGACCCUCAAUGUUGGGGACGGCUUCGAGUUCAUGAAGCAGAACCAGGUUGCCUUCGAUGUCAUUAUCACUGAUUCCUCCGACCCUGUAGGCCCUGCUGAAAGCCUCUUCAAAGAGUCCUAUUAUCAACUAAUGAAGACAGCCUUGCGAGACAAUGGCAUUCUCUGUUGCCAAGGAGAAUGUCAGUGGCUGCAUUUGGAACUGAUUAAAGAGAUGAGGACCUUCUGCAAGUCCCUCUUCCCCGUGGUCGAUUAUGCAUACUGUACUAUCCCUACAUACCCUAGUGGGCAGAUUGGCUUCAUGCUCUGCAGUAAGAACACAGAGACAAACUUCCGUGAGCCUGUGCGAAAACUGACCGAUGAAGAAGUGGAGAGUAUGAACCUUAAAUAUUACAAUUACGAGAUACACCGGGCUGCUUUUAUUCUACCAGAAUUCGCCAGGAAGGUGCUAAGUGAAGCAUAAACCGUUCUGGAGAUGUCCUCUCUUCAGUGUAGACAGAAAGAAACCGCUCCACAGCCACUCAAACCCGCUUCCUCUCUGGGAUUAACCCUUUCCGGACCAAGACAGGACCACUUCACUGGGGAAGGAGGAGCAGAAAAACCUCAAGCAAUUCUGUGCUUUUGAACCACAAGUCUUACGCACUCAUUGCUAGAUCUUUUAAGGGCUGCAUCUGCAUGAAAAGGAUGAGCGUUUGCAAAGUACUGGGAUUGCAUUUUUUUUUUCGUUGUUCUUUUCAUCAUGACAUUUGACUUUUUUUUUAUUUUUUUUUUAUAAAUAUUCCUAUAACAGAAAGCUUUGCAGUCUGUCCAGUGUGUGCAGAAGAUAUUAUAGUAAACCAAGUAAUUUUACACAUUAUGUUGCAGCAAACAUGUACUCUGUUCUUCAUAAACUAGUGUGUACUUCUGCAUUAUAAAUGAAUGUUUCUUACAUGGCAGGCUUUCCCAUGAGAGCCGUCAUUACCUUAUGUAUUGGAAUGGGUUACUAAUACUGCUGUAACACAAACUCAUAAUGGUUGAAGAUUAAUUCAGUGUCUAAGAGACAGGCCCUGACAUGGUUAAUCACUGGAAACAAAGUCUUUGCACAAACAGGUCUGAUGCCAAAUCUUUAUGGCUUGUACAAACAGAGUGAUUACUCGCUUACUGAGCAUGCAAAUGCGUAGAGUGAAUGUGUUUAGUUGCCAGUCUUCAAUAGUGUUUAGCAGAGAAGCAGUAUUUCCUCUUCUGUCAUAUUAAAACAUGUUUAAAAUAUGUGUUUUUCACAAGAGGGCAUGUGCUUGAACUGAGCAUUGUUCUGUCAUUGGCAGAUGUCUGAUCCACUUUAAGCAGUGUUGGACAAUUUUUCUGGAUGAGUUAAAGAAGUAUUUUCAGUACCAAUGCAAUGAGCAGGACAGACUACUAUCAAUAGCAAUGGCAUUCUUUACCAUUGUUACAGGUUGUAAUCUUUCUGAACUGAACUACUUGUAAACUUGUAUGUGAGUCACAUGGACCUGUAAGCAUUCACAUUGUCCAAGUUACUCUUGUAAACAUCUGUAAUUAUGUUUUCAAAUAAAAGAACAAAACUGUCA